AUGUACGAGUCCCCCUCCCCACCCAGUACCGCUUCCUCGGGCCAUGAGUAUCGCCCCGCCGCCUCGUACGGCUCCAUGCGCCGCCGCCGCACAGGUGCAGACUCUCCCCUGACGGACCUCUCCCCCUCCGCCGCCACCACUGCCGUCGUCGCUCUAUCCAACGACGCCGCCCUGGGCUCCAUCUCCCCCAUCACCCGCCGCCCAGACCCGGCCGCCUCCAUUCCAUACAGCGACAUGCCCCAGGAUGGCGAAGACACCGCCCCGCACGUCUCCAACGUUGUCUGGCAUGACUCCAGUUACGUCCCGGUGCUGCCCGCCGAUGAGACCACUGCGCUCAUGCGCGACGCCCCGCUCGACAACCACUCUGUCAGCGCAAGUGAGCUUCUGUCGCGAUCGAGGGCAGACCUCGAGCGCGCGAGGCUCGCCAGCACGAGGGAGUACUCGCGUAGGGAGCUCCGGGAGGGCAUGAAGGACCGCUACAUCCUGGGAUGCUCUGUGCUUGUCAUGACCGCGAUCGUCUUUGUCAUCAUCGUAUCCGGCAUGACCACCAUCCUUGCCAACAGAAACUACCCGCAGCUCGAAGUGUUCUCCGACUGGCCCAACGGCGGCCUCAUUCCCCUCAAGUACGGCUGCCAUGCCCCCGACGGACACCCGGUCUCCAUCCCGCUGCGCUGGCGCAACGUCCCCCGCGCCGCCACCAACCUCGUCGUGCUUUUCGCCAACCCAGGCGCCAUUUCGAAACGGAGAAUGGAUCCCGUGCAUUGGUUCAUCACUGAUAUCCCGCUCGAGGAUGAUAAAGAUGGCUCCAUUCCGGCAAACGCCUCGCUCAAUCCGGAGCUCAUGCCCCCAAAUUCCAAGCAACGCGCUAAUGCGGGCUCUAGUAAGGGCGUGUAUUGGCCUCCAUGCGUCACGAAUGGGACCAGCUUUUUCAUAGUCCACAUAUAUGCGAUUGAGGCGCCCCCCGUGAUUAGUGACUUUCGAGAUGCGAGGGAGAUUAUGAACCGGUUUGUGGGCGUGCCGGUUGCCAGGUUAACAGGGUGGUACGGGAAGCCGAGAAGAGUGCUUCCUGGAAAGGGGAAGAAGGAGCCGUCCCACGGAACGACGUCUGACAAGAGUGAAAGAGGCGCAGAGUCCUCUAACGUGCACGGAAAGGGCUCAGAUCUAAGUGAAGAAGACAUCCAGUCGUCUGACGACCGCGGAAAGGCGUCGGGUGACAGUGAAGAAGGCACAGAGUCGUCUGACGCCCACGGAAAAGCGACGGGCGGGAGGGAGUGA